AACUCCCUUUCUAUAUUUCUAUAUAUAUAUAUAUUAAGUAAAUAGCUCGUCUUUGUACUUAAUUCUACUAAAAUCACUUCCGGCAAAGAUGUUGGUUGUUGUUGUAUGCCUCACCGGUUUGGUUAUAGUUUGGAUAACUCAGUGGGUGUAUAGUUGGAGUAACCCAAAAUGCAAUGGGAAACUGCCACCUGGUUCAAUGGGCUUCCCCUUUCUCGGGGAGACGUUGGAGUUCUUCGCCCCCCAUUCAUUCUACAAUAUCCCACCAUUCAUUACAAAGAGAAUCACAAGGUAUGGGCCGAUAUUUCGAACUAGUCUGCUGGGGAAAAAGGUGGUUGUAUCCACGGAUCCAGAAAUAAACAAUUACAUAUUCCAACAGGAAGGUAGGUCUGUGUUAUUAUGGUACACAGAGAGUUUUACAAAUAUUUUUGGACAACAAAGUGUGGUUGCGCAGCAUGGAAUGAUUCACAAGUACCUCAAGAACUUGAUUCUACACCUUGUUGGCCCUGAAAAUCUCAAGGCAAAUAUAGUGCAUGAAUUGGAUGAACUCAUUCGUCGUCAUCUACGUUCAUGGGCUACACAUGCAACUGUGGACCUCAAAGAAGUUGCCUCAAACAUGGUAUUUAGCUAUGCUGCUAAGAAGUUGUUUAGCUACGAUGAUUCCAACAGUAUCAUGGAAUUGAGAGAGAAUUUCAAAGCUUUCAUGGAUGGUCUUAUCACUUUUCCUCUUGACAUCCCGGGUACUUCAUACCACGCAUGUCUUCAGGGAAUGAAAAAUAUUAAGAAGAUAAUUAAGGAUUUGUUCGAAGAGAGGAAAGCGUCAAAGACGUCUCAUGGUGAUUUCUUGGAUAAUUUGGUUGUGGAAGUGGAGAGGAAAGAAUCAAUUUUAGACGAAGGAAUGGCGAUUGACUUGGUCGUGGCGCUUCUCUUUGCCAUUUACGAAACCACGUCAGCACUCAUGACAUUAGGAACCAUGUUUAUUUCCGACCAUCCACACGUGUUAGCAGAACUAACGAAAGAGCAUGAGGAAAUUCUAAGAAGGCGAGACAAUGAGGAGUCUGAAAUUACAUGGCAAGAAUACAAGUCAAUGACUUUCACACACAUGGUUAUCAAUGAGACACUAAGGCUGGCAAAUAUUGUCCCAGGGAUUUUCAGAAAAGUUGUUCAAGAUAUCGAAUUGAAGGGACAUACCAUUCCUGCAGGCUGGGUAGUCGUUGUUGUUCCACUAGCUGUUCAUUUAAAUUCAGAUGUGUACACUAACCCCUUCACUUUUAACCCAUGGCGAUGGGAGGGAAAGGAAUUGCAUGCAGGGUCUAAAACUUUCAUGGCUUUUGGUGGUGGUGUGAGACUGUGUGUGGGAGCUGACUUUGCAAAGCUUCAAAUGACUUUCUUUAUCCAUUACUUGGUCACAAAAUACAGGUGGAAAGUAGUUGGUGGAGGAGACAUAAUUCGAAGACCUGGCUUAGUGUUCCCAAAUGGACUUCCAAUUGAAAUCUCCGAAAAGGGCAAGUGAUGCGAAGCUUCAAUGCUGCUUUAAGAUAUAUAUCCCACCUCUAAAGAUGAGAGCGUAACCUCAAUCUGUGAGGAACAUGAAUAAAUGUGUGCUUUAUAUAUAUAUAUAACAUUAUUAAAUAUUAAGCUAAUGCCAAUAUUGCUCAAUAUA